AUGAUUAGAAUUCGCUCCAUACAGAGGACCGGGCUGAAAGCCACAGCUAGAUCAUAUGCUACCAGCCAUAUUCAUUCCCACACCAUCAAGACCCCAGUCGGAGUCACUGCCAAUCACCCAGUGCCAAAGACCACCAGAUUGUCAGUGGAAGGUCCUAUCGAGUGCGAUCUCACCAGUUUCAAGUUGCUGAAUUCGCCUUUGUUCAACAAGGGCUCUGCUUUUACUCUUGAAGAGAGAGAAGCUUUCCAUCUCACUGGUUUGCUGCCUCCAGUGGUGAAUACUUUGGACGAGCAAGCCGAACGUGCUUAUAAGCAAUUGUCGUACUUGAAGACUCCGCUUGCUAAGAAUGAUUUUUGCACUUCCAUGAGACAACAGAAUAAAGUGUUGUUUUAUGAGCUUGUGAGGAGACACAUUCGUGAGUUGUUGCCUAUCAUCUACACUCCCACGGAGGGAGAUGCCAUUGCUGCCUACUCUCAUCGGUUCCGUAAGCCAGAAGGAUGUUUCCUGGACAUCACGGAUCCAGAUUCUAUAGAAGAGAGACUUGCUAUGUACGGUGAGGCUAAGGAUGUGGACUACGUGGUUGUUUCUGACGGAGAAGGUAUUCUUGGUAUUGGUGACCAGGGUGUUGGAGGAGUUCGUAUUGCCAUCUCUAAAUUGGCUCUCAUGACUCUCUGUGGUGGUAUUCACCCGGGUAGAGUUCUGCCGGUGAUGCUGGAUGUUGGUACCAACAACAAGUCGCUUCUCAACGAUGAUCUUUACAUGGGUAACAAGUUCCCUCGUGUCAGAGGAGAAAAGUACGAUCAAUUCAUGGACAGAUUUAUCCAGGCACUCAAGAAGCAGUUCCCAUCUGCAGUUCUCCAUUUCGAGGACUUUGGUGUGACCACCGCAAGACCUGUUCUCAACAGAUACAGAGAUCAGCUUGCAUGUUUCAACGACGACAUUCAAGGCACCGGAGCCGUGGUGAUGGCCUCCAUGAGCGCUGCUCUCAAGCUCACAGAUCGUGAUCUUUUGGACUCUAAGAUAGUGAUCUACGGUGCCGGUUCUGCAGGUCUUGGAAUUGCAGACCAGAUCGUCAACCACAUGUGCACCAAGGGUCUCACUCGUGAAGAGGCCCGCGCCAAGAUUCAUUGCAUGGACAGAAACGGUUUGAUUCUGGACUCAAUGACGCUGGAAACCGCCUCCGAGGCCCAACUGUCGUACGCCGAUAAGGCUGCGGACUGGGAAGGUGUUGACACUCAUUCGUUACUCGAGGUUGUGCGCAAGGUCAAGCCAACUGCGCUGGUUGGUUGUUCGACCCGUGCCGGUGCCUUCACCGAGGAGAUCAUCCGCGAGAUGCACAAACACAACGACAGACCUAUCGUAUUCCCACUGUCGAAUCCUACAAGACUCCACGAGGCUGUUCCAGCAGACAUCAUGAAGUGGACCGACAACCAGGCCUUGAUCGCUACCGGUUCCCCAUUCAAACCUGUUGAUGGCUACGUGAUUUCUGAAAACAACAACUGUUUCUCAUUCCCUGGUAUCGGCCUGGGUGCUGUUUUGUCACGUGCUACUGUUAUCUCCGACACUAUGAUCUCAGCUGCCGUUGACGAGUUGGCAUCGUCGUCGCCCGCACUCAAGGACCCCAAGGCUGGUCUUCUAGCCCCAGUCGAGGUCAUCGAUGAGACCUCUGCCAAGGUGGCCACUGCCGUCAUCCUCCAAGCCUUGAAGGAAGGCGUUGCCCGUAUCGAGUCUGAAGAGAGACCCGACGGAGGGUUUGUGGAGGUUCCUCGGGAGUUUAACGAGUGUUUGAAGUGGGUCAAGUCCCAGAUGUGGAGACCCGUCUAUAGACCAAUGGUGAAGGUUGAACACCGCGCCGAAAUCCAUACCUAUCAAACUUAG